CCCGCUUGCUUAUUGCCUCCCCUGAUCACUGAGCUAACCCAUCGCUGGUAUUUAAUGCCAAAUUUUACUUUUCUUGCCUGUUUUUAUGCAUCAACCUUCAUCAACUCAGGAUUCUGCAAGAUACAGUUGUGGAGUAGGACUCAUGCUCGACAGUGUCGUCUGCACCUCGCAAAUCAAGAAGAUCAUGUAUCCAGGACAGUGUCGUCUGAACCGUCUGAAUAAAAAAAGUCACAUAUACAGGACAGUGUCGUCUGAACCUUCUGAAUCAAGAAAGUCACAUAUACAGGACAAUGUUCUCUGCACAUUCCGAAUCAAGAAGAUCAUGUAUCCAGGACAGUGUUGCCACAGAAUCUUGUAUCCUUGAUCAAGCACACCUUGAACUGUAUCCUUGAACAGGUGGCAUAUAUUGCCAACCGAAUGUAAUGUAUCCUUUAUCAGAGAAGGUUAAUUGCAAUCCUCUCAUUUGAUUAUGGCAUUAAUUGACAUGUAUAUUUCAUUUUCAUAUUUGACUUCAAAAUACAUCUGAUAUGAAUAAAAAUGAUUAUAAUUAAUAAUGUGAAUUAUUUUCAAUUUCAUUUAACAAUUAUGAUAAAAAUUCUGAAAUGGCAAAAAAUCAAAGAUCUUUUCUGAAAAUUUUGGUAUUAGAAGAACUAAGUUUGUUGAACUCCAAUGGGUUAUAAUACACAUUUAAGUUCAGGAUCCCAUUCCACAAAGCGAUCUCAGCUCUACGACUACUGUAAGCAUGGUUGUUACGAUCAUCUUUGCACUAGGACGGCUUUGUGGAACCGGGCCCUGAACUGUUACAGUAACUAAAUGAGGGCACCAUUAGAGAUGGUUACUCUAUGGUGUCUGUGUUCAGUCAGAUGUAUGUGGUCAGGUAUGGAAGCUGUGUGUCUGACAGGAAGGGUAUACAGUGUUGUAAAGGCUGUUGCUGUGUGUUGCAGAUUGAUCCCCAUCGAUCACAUGGAGUUGGUGCUGUUGCAUAUCACAGCCGUCGGGGACGAGGCCAAGCUGUCCGAACGACCAAAACGAGAGGUGUCAUCAAUCCUGGCUAGUGAAGUUCUAAUCAGCCAGUCUGGCAAAUUCCUCUACAACAAGCUGGUGUCACUGGUACAGAGGCACUACAACCUUGGGUCUACCACCGUUACAGGCAUCCCUAUGAAGGAAGAGCAGAAUGCAAGUUCCUCUGCCAACUAUGACGUGGAGCUGUUGCACCCAGCAUCUGUCCAUGAGGAGAUCUUCAAGACAGUGAGCCAUGUGGAGGGUCUGGUCAUUCCAUCCAAGGAGGGACUUCCCACUGAGACGGUCACACUUAAGUGGUGCACACCCAAGUCCAACACCAUAGAGCUGCAUCACUGCGUCGGAGCUCACAGGAUUACUCCAGUUGAUGUCAACAGUCGGCCAUCUUCCUGCCUCACCAACUUCCUGCUUGGUGGCCGGGCCGUCAUGCUGGAGCAGCCCCGGAAGACUGGCGCCAAGGUGAUCUCUCACAUGCUGACCAGCCACGGAGGCGAGAUAUUCAUACACACCAUACCUACAGCCAGGUCCAUCCUGGAAGACCCUCCCUCCAUCAGUGAAGGAAGUGGAGGUCGAGUGACGGACUACAGGAUUCCUGACUUUGGAGAGUUCAUGAAAUCAAAUCGUCUGGCUCCGGGAACAGCAAUCACCCUGGAAGACAGGAUCGGGAAGCCCAUCGAGAGAGCCCAGCAACACCUGGAGAGACUGACCAGGGUGUGGCCGAUGGUCAUUGGGGAAACCAUCAUGUUCAACAUGGUCUCGUCUCUGGAGCCCCUCCUGGGCCUCAUCACACAGGCAACGCUCAAUGAUGAUGACGUUCUCGAGUGCAAGAAGGCCAUCUACAAAGUGGUUGCCAUGGAGAGCAAGAAUGAGGCGCUACCAUUCCCCGUACUUGGGUCCAGAGGGAAAGGCCCCAAGAGGGAGGAGCAGUACCGACAGCUGUGGGCAGAGCUGGAGAUGUUGGUGCGGGCGCAUGUGUUGACAUCUCCAUUCCACGAGAAGGUGCUGGAGUGUCUUCUGGAAUGCAAGAAGCCGUCCGAUGACGCCAAGGGAUCUCCCAAGAAGGCCCUGGAGAAGUCGGCCACAAAGGACGAAAAGAUGGAGGUGUCCGAGCAGGAGGAUUCAUGGAAGGACUACGACAAAAUGAAAAGAAUGACAGAGAGGGAAAAACAAGAUUUCCUGAAAGGUGAAAAAUCUCUGGACCCUUCUCCACCCAAGAAAUUUAAGGCCGAGGAAUCCUUUAUCAGAUCAGGCGGCCAGAACCUGCUGUCAAUGUGGACCAAUCGCAUCAAGACGAUACACAACAAGCGACACGUGGAGUUUGCUGGCCGUGAAGAUUGUACCGGUGCAGUGGCUGAGUUGUACAUACAUCUCAACGAUGAUGAUGACCAGCCGCCCAUGGAGCAGACGUCCCAGGCCUCCAAGACUGCACCCACUUCCAAGCCACUGCAGAGUUUGAAACGUUGACAGAUCAUCAUCAAGUCUUUAGCCACACAUCAGCCUCGAACUCAGAUAAUAACCAAAUAAUGGAACACUUGAAACAAUAUUGAUAUCGUAUUGCGUCGUUUUGAGAUAACAUUUUACUUCUAAGGGCUUUUGUCUGUUGGUUUACCAGAUUUCAUGUGAUUGCUGCUUAUCAUGGGUUUGAACCCUGAAUCACUUGGGUGGUCCAGUGGAAUAAACAGCAUCGUCAAGCAUGUCAGGAUCCAUAGAUAGUGGGUUUGAAUCCCGAUUUAUCCCGACUGGAUGUGUGAGCACCAAACCUGUGCUGAUGGACUUCAAAGUGGAAGAAAUCUGGGCUCUCAAGCUCAAGCUGUCAUGAUAUAAGGUCCCUUCAAAAGGUACGCAUGUUUCAGGUGACUUGACCGUCCCAUCACUGGUGACCCUUAUGAUUUCAUCACAGCUGGAAAGAGCCUUAAAGAAACUCAUAGUUUGAUUUCUGAAUAAAGUAGAAUGUUUUGGCAUGUCAUUCUAUCUAUUUUGACCUACACAUUCAACAUUGAUUAAAAUUAACCAAAAAGAAACCCCACAAAAAAACACCCAUAUAUGUUCAUGUUUCCUGAAAUACAAGUAUGUAUAUUUUUGCCUACCUUUUUUAUCCUUUUUUUGAGGUGGGGUUGUAUGCCAACUCAAGUGAUGGCUAACUAGAAUACAGUUCCGACAUGUAUUAUUUUAUCAACCAAGAACCAGUGUCUGUAAAUAUUUGAACCAUGUUAUCAAUCUUAGAGUGUUACUUUCAUUACUAAAAUCUCUCCACUUACCAUUUACGAAUCUUCAUCAGUCAUUCACUAGUAUUAGACUCAAUCAGAAUUACUCAGUCUUCCUAUCUACAUGUACAUGGAAUCAUCUUGUUUGUAAGAAAUGAAUGUAUUACACAUGAGGAAUAAAAUAAUUCUUCUCAUA